CAUCUGUCUUCGCCUCGAGCUCGAGAUAUCAAAUCAUUUCUUCUCCGAGCAUCCGUAAUGUAGGAAAGAAAAAGGAGCUUUUUUUCCCUCUGUAUUUCCAUAUAUUAUCCCUUUUGUUUAUCUUUCUUUAUUUUCGUUUUUUAUUGCUCUCUCUCUCUCUCUCUCUCUCAAGAGAGAGAUAGAGAGAGAGACACAGAGGUAGAUAUAUUUAGAGAGAGAGAGAGAGAGGUCGAAAAAUGUAAUCUUUUCGAGGCGGUAAAGAGAAAGAAAGGGGAUCCGGAGCUAAAGAAAAAGAAAGCUACGAAGAAGCCAUGAAGGCCGAGGAAGCAUAGGAGCCAUCGAUGGUGGAGCAGGAGGAGGCGAGGGGAUCCGGAGAAAGAGGAAUGGGUGGAGGUGGCGAGGAACUGAAGAAGGGGCCGUGGACGCCGGCGGAGGACGCGAUCCUGGUGGAGCACGUGCGGCGGCACGGGGAGGGGAACUGGAACGCGGUGCGGCGACACAGCGGGCUGGCCCGAUGCGGCAAGAGCUGCCGCCUCCGCUGGGCCAACCACCUCCGCCCCAACCUCAAGAAAGGAUCUUUCGCCCCCGAUGAGGAGCUCCUCAUCCUCCGCCUCCACGCCCAGCUCGGCAAUAAAUGGGCACGCAUCGCCGCCCAACUGCCCGGGAGGACGGACAACGAGAUCAAGAACUACUGGAACACCCGCCUCAAGCGGCGGCAACGUGCCGGUCUGCCCAUCUACCCGCCGGAUCUGCAAGAGGCCGUCAGGUUCGACCGCCACCAUCAGCAGCAGCAUCAGGCUCCCAUAUCGCCUCGCCCGCUGACGCCGCCCCCGUUGCUAAAUCCCGUCGACUUUAACCCUCCGCCGCGAAUAUCCCUUCCACCGCUCCCGCAGAAUCCAUUCGCCUGUCAGCUCGGUUUCGGGUUCCUGGUCUCGCCCCUCGCGCCACCACCCACCCCGAAUUCUCUGUUUCAGCAGCAGCAUCAGAUUGGUCCGCCGCCACCGCUGUCACCAGCGUUCGCAGUGGAAACGGAGCUCCCUUCAUGCCAAUCGUACUCGGGGCUGGUCGGAGGGGACAACGGGCAGAGCAGUAGCGGGCUACUGGAGUCCCUGCUGCAGGGCACAGGCGUUGCCGAGGAUAUGAGGAUCGGUGAGCUGUUGGCCCUGCAGGCGGCGGACGAGCAGGUCGCCCGGUGGGCGCAAAUUUUCGGCGACGACGGUGACGAAGGGAUCAAGGAGGCCUCUCAAGGCUUUUCUUUGGGUUCUGCCACCAAGUUGGAUCGUGACAUGGGAACCGAGAUCAAAUGCGAGCCACCGGGUGGUGGCAGCCCCAUGAAAGGCGACACAUCCACGCUGCUCGACGUCCAAGCACUCACAAUGUCGUUGGUCCUGAAGAGCAAUGAGUUGGCUUCUUCCCUUUCCAUCACGUCUGCAGACGAAGACUGCAACAUCAGCUCAUGGCCAUGGAGCAACAUGCCCGGAAUCCGCUGAAGACAUUGGUGUACUCAGGUUAGUUCCGAGUGUGUAUCGAAGUGCCGGAGUGUUCAGACUUGGAAGUUAGUGUGUGCGUUGAUCUGAAUUUUUAUGAAUGAAAUCUUCUUUAUAGUUUGAGGUGUCUUUAGAUACGUGUAUAUAUAUGAGUAUCAAGUUGCGAUGGGCUUCUGCCUUUAAGAUGCGGGCUGUAGCUUUAGGAUUCGGGAUUUGAAUUUGGAUUUUGGGCUAAAAAGCUCAAACGGGCUUGUGGACCAAUUUCUCAUCUACCUACUGACGAAGAGACCAAAAGACUCUCCACCGCUGUGUGAUUGGAAAUAAUAUUGGGUCCCGCAUAAGUACUUCGCUAUUGAAGGAGGUAGAUUUGAGAAUGGGUAGUCGAAAGUAUUGCUCGACUUAUAAGGCCCGAAGUUUUCGACGUUACGAGCGGGAUCGGACUGCGGCGGAGAUGGUGGACGUCGUCCGGUACCGGCUGGAGUGGGUGACAGAUACGCUCGACGACCUCAAGAGGCGCGGUCUCUUCUCCCGCAGCAAGAACGCCGAGAUCGUCCGCCGCCGUUGUGACUUGGAGUACCGCCUCAAGCACCUUAUCCCCGCUGAAGCAAGACAUUAUCGCCUGCAUAUUUCGGUAUGAAAGGCGGGCCUACGGCCUUCGCAACCUCCGGAAGCGUACCAUCCUGGGCGAGGUCAUCAAGAAGGAACAAGCCCAGGAGAAGGGCGAGGGGAUCGGCAAGAAUAACAAGAAGAAGUGGCCGAAGCACAUCUCCGAUAUCGCUGGGUCUUGAGGAUCUCGGAUGGUUAUUGGAUGGCCACGUGAGGUACAAGGCCGAUCUGGAACUCUGGUUCGAGUACAUAUCAUCGCAGAAAAAAAAAAAGGGCAAGGGAGGAUGAAGCAGGUGCGAAAAUGGCAUCUUUUUGUGAGUUUCUUAAUAUGUUCACUUUGCUUUCUUUUCCUGAUUCAUAAUUGAUUGUAUUGCUUUCUAUGACCAUAUGCUCACUUUGUUUUUCUUUGAGAAAAUCUACAAAAAAAUUAUUAAGAAAGCUUCACUUUUUGGUUAAAAACCUUUUUGUUCCAAGGAAAAAGAAUUCAGCUUCAUGUUUUUGAAAUUUCCGAUUUGAAAUUAUGCAUGGUACUUUGAAUGUCUCCGAUAACAGUUAAGUUUAAUUUUUUCAUCUAUCUUUUCAUCAAUUUCGUCAAAUGGAGAAUGUUGAGAUGGAUGAUGGAUGUGGGAAGUUAAUAGAGAAGAUAAAAUAAAAUUAUAUAUAUUAAAAAUAAUUGAGUUAAUUAUGAUUAAGGAUAAUAUAAAAAAAUAAUCUAAGUUGAUAUGAACUUGUUCAAAGCUACUUAGCAUCAGGAAGAGAUAAAAGGAUCCAAAAAAAAAAAAAACCCUGAGAAAGAAUAAAAAAAUUUAUGAAUCUCAGUUUAACCACUGAUAUUGUCUUUAUAGAGUUCAAUGGAUAAAGGAUACAACAGCCGAUUGCAAAUAAUUGGGAUCUUAUGUUUGUGUUGUUUUAAGUAUUUAGCUACAUAAUUGCAAAAAGAAAAAAAAUGUGGAAGCAUAUCCUACAUGCACUUCAGAUGUGGCUAUUGGCCUGCUACCUCACCUUGAGUUCUACAAGUUUAUGUAUAUUCUUUUUUUUAAUGAUUUAUGUGGCAUGAGAUAUACACUAGUGUAGCAAUGCUCUGAUGAAGUAUGGGAUUUGUGUGGUAAAAUUUAUAUACUGCACAAUUAUUUGCUCUUUGCAAGUGAUCCUUCUGAACCUGGUUGUAUUUUGAUUAUAUCGCUUUUGGUCCUGCAUCAUGUCGUUUUUCUUGUCAUGUGACCCUUUUUGUUAUUUUAGCUUAGUAUGUAGCUUACUCAAACCUGUCCACAGAUUUCUAGAUUAUACAUACAAAUUGAACGUAUGCUUGCAAGUUGUAUGAUUCUGCUUUAGGCAUAUAUCCAUCCUGAAAACAGGGAGCUGUGGAGAGAUUACUAAGUUAUGGAAAAGAAGGUCAGGGCUUCGGAGCUUGCUGAUACUGUCUUUUAGCGUGCUCCAAAACUUGAAUGGCAAAUCAACAAUAGUUAAUACUGGC